AUGGGCCGCGGGAUGCUGCCGCACGACACGGGCGAGCCGGCGGUGCCGCAGAACGCGCCGCCGCACCCGGGCAUGAUCUCGGACGAGCUGAAGCGCUACCUGAGCCUGGGCAAGGACGGGAAGCCGCUGCUCACCACGCUGUCGCCGGCCUCUUCCAAGCCGCCGUCGGACGACGCGUGGGCUUCGCGCGACUACCUCGAGCUGCCGCCGGGCGCCGCCGCAGCGGGCCUCCUCUCCGACGCCGUCGACGCUCUCGGCGCCCUCGACGCCGACAACGUCAUCGACGACGUCAUCGACGACGUCGCGGUCGACGCCCUGCCCCCCGCGAUGCACGCAGCGAACGUCCCGGCCGGGGAGGCGAGCCCCGCGGAAGGACAGAGUGCCGAGUUGACGCGUGUGGAGCUGCGCGACGUGCAGGGGGCGGGGAGUUACCCUCCGAACGCGCUUUUGGCUCUGGUCAGCCCCGUACGGGCGGAGGAAGAUCGCGAGAAUGUUUUCAGCCGGUAG